GAACUGAACGGGAGACGAAUUUACUUUUGCCGAGGACCGUGGAGUCGAGCACGGGUCGUGUCAGUGGGGUAAAGUGCGCGUACGGUCGUGUGCUUUUGCACGACGUUAUAUACAUCUGUCGAACGAAAGAAAAAAACGAAAUAAUAGCGUAGUAAAAUCGUGCGUAUCUGUAUAAUGAUAGCCACUGAUUACAAUAGCGUUGAUCAGUACGCAGACGGGUAUAUGGAGCAAGAGGAGGAAUGGGAACGAGAGGGUCUUCUCGACCCAGCUUGGGAAAAACAACAGAAAAAGACAUUCACUGCAUGGUGCAACAGCCAUCUCAGAAAAGCAGGCACUGCCAUAGAUAAUAUAGAGGAAGACUUCAGGAAUGGCCUCAAACUCAUGCUUCUGCUGGAGGUCAUUUCCGGGGAAACGCUGCCUAAACCCGACAGGGGCAAGAUGCGUUUCCACAAGAUCGCCAACGUCAACAAAGCCCUCGACUUCAUCGCCAGCAAGGGGGUCAAACUGGUCUCUAUCGGGGCCGAAGAAAUCGUGGACGGUAACCUGAAAAUGACGCUCGGUAUGAUAUGGACGAUAAUCCUGCGAUUCGCCAUCCAGGACAUCUCGGUGGAGGAGAUGACGGCCAAGGAGGGUCUGCUGCUGUGGUGCCAGAGGAAGACCGCGCCGUACAAGAACGUGAACGUGCAGAACUUCCAUCUGUCGUUCAAGGACGGUCUGGCCUUCUGCGCCCUGAUCCACCGUCACCGACCCGAUCUGAUCGACUACAACAAGCUGAGCAAGGACAACCCCUUGGAGAACCUGAACACCGCCUUUGACGUGGCCGAGAAGUAUUUAGACAUUCCUAGGAUGUUGGACCCCGAUGAUUUAAUAAACACCCCCAAACCCGACGAACGUGCCAUCAUGACCUACGUGUCAUGUUACUACCACGCCUUCCAAGGGGCCCAACAGGUACACGAGCUGCACUUACAGAACACAGCGAUGCCUGACGAGAGGGCCGUGAUGACGUACGUGUCUUCGUAUUACCAUUGCUUCUCCGGAGCUCAAAAGGCCGAAACUGCCGCUAACCGCAUCUGCAAAGUCCUCAAGGUCAACCAGGAAAACGAACGUCUCAUGGAGGAAUACGAACGUCUGGCCAGCGACCUCUUGGAAUGGAUCAGGAGGACCAUGCCCUGGCUCAACUCCAGACAGACGGACAAUUCUCUCGCGGGGGUACAGAAGAAACUGGAAGAGUACCGUACUUACAGGCGCAAACACAAGCCGCCACGCGUGGAGCAGAAGGCCAAACUGGAGACCAACUUCAACACCCUGCAGACCAAGCUGCGUCUGUCGAACAGACCGGCCUACAUGCCCACCGAGGGUAAAAUGGUGUCCGACAUCGCCAACGCGUGGAAGGGUCUCGAGACGGCCGAGAAGUCCUUCGAGGAAUGGCUGCUGUCGGAGAUGAUGCGACUGGAGAGGCUGGAGCACCUCGCGCAGAAGUUCAAGCACAAGGCGGACGCCCACGAGGAAUGGACCAGGGGCAAGGAGGAGAUGCUGCAGAGCCAAGAUUUCAGACAGUGUCGUCUGAACGAGCUGAAGGCCCUCAAGAAGAAGCACGAGGCCUUCGAAUCUGACCUGGCGGCGCAUCAGGAUCGUGUAGAACAGAUCGCCGCCAUCGCCCAAGAACUGAACACUUUGGAUUAUCAUGACAGCAUCAGCGUGAACGCGCGUUGUCAACGCAUAUGCGACCAAUGGGACAGGCUCGGCGCCUUGACGCAACGCAGACGUCAGGCUCUGGAUGACGCUGAAAGGAUAUUGGAGAAGAUCGACAUUCUACAUUUGGAGUUCGCGAAACGCGCGGCUCCCUUCAACAAUUGGUUGGACGGCACCAGGGAGGAUCUGGUCGACAUCUUCAUCGUACACACGGUCGAAGAGAUCCAGGGGCUGAUCGAUGCGCACGCCCAUUUCAAGGCCACGUUAGGAGAAGCUGACAAGGAGUACCAGAGCAUCGUGGGUCUCGUAAGGGAAGUCGAAUCGAUCGUCAAACAACACCAAGUACCCGGAGGACUCGAGAACCCCUACACCACCCUAACCGCUCACGAUCUGACCAGGAAAUGGGGCGAGGUGAGACAGCUGGUGCCCCAGAGGGACGCCACCCUGCAGGCCGAAUUGAGGAAGCAACAAAAUAACGAGAUGCUGAGACGUCAAUUCGCCGAGAAGGCUAACGCAGUCGGACCCUGGAUCGAGCGUCAACUGGACGCGGUGACGGCUAUCGGAAUGGGUCUUCACGGCACCCUUGAGGAUCAGCUGCACCGUCUCAAGGAAUACGAACAGGGAGUGUACGCGUACAAACCGCACAUCGAGGAACUUGAGAAGAUCCACCAGGCCGUCCAGGAGAGCAUGAUCUUCGAGAACAGAUACACCCAAUACACCAUGGAAACGCUGCGAGUGGGCUGGGAACAGCUGCUGACCUCGAUCAACAGGAACAUAAACGAGGUCGAGAACCAGAUCCUGACCAGGGACUCGAAGGGCAUCACCCAAGAACAGCUGAACGAGUUCAGGUCGUCCUUCAACCACUUCGACAAGAACAGGACCGGACGUCUGACGCCCGAAGAGUUCAAAUCUUGCCUGGUAUCCCUCGGAUAUUCGAUCGGCAAGGACAGACAGGGCGACAUUGAUUUCCAGAGGAUCCUGGCCGUCGUCGAUCCGAACAACACCGGCUACGUGCACUUUGACGCGUUCCUCGACUUCAUGACCAGGGAGAGCACGGACACCGACACGGCCGAACAGGUCAUCGACAGUUUCCGCAUCUUGGCCGCCGAUAAGCCGUAUAUUCUGCCGGAUGAGCUCAGAAGAGAACUGCCCCCAGAUCAGGCGGAAUACUGCAUUCAGCGCAUGCCCCCAUUCAAAGGCCCAGGUGCAGUACCCGGGGCCUUGGACUACAUGUCGUUCUCCACAGCCCUCUAUGGAGAAUCCGACCUAUAAUCCUGUUCUUCGUAGUAAUUCAUAUCUCUACAAAAUGUUUUGCUCCAUAUCUAUUUAUUUAUCAACUUUUCAAAAACGAAUAUCGCCAAGAAUCUUCCAUUACUCGAACGAACAUAUGUGUAGAUACGAACUGCAAAUUUUAUUUUCUGAGAAUUUUCUUAUCUUGGAGGUAUGUUUAGUCUUUUUAUGUACUAUUUUUUCUUUUAUGAAGAAUUUAUUUAAUUUAUACGUGCCCAUAUUCAUUUAAUUAAGUUUUGUGUACAUAAGAGAAGGUAAACGUUAGGGUUUUUUGUUCUCGUUAUCUGGAUAACGACAAAUAACCUUUACUGUUUUACGUCUAACAUAAAGGUUCUUUGUUAAAUUAUUGCCUUUUUUCAAUGUAAGCAAAGAACCUCUAUGAUUUUGUUUUGGUUGGAGUUUUAUGAUAUUUAUUUAAAAAGAAUGAUUUAUUUGCCUCGAACUAUACUAACCUUAUAUUGUAAGUUUCAAAAUAUCGAAUUGUAUUUAAAAUCAUUUUAUUCUCGUAAUUUUUUUCUGAUUUUUUUUUUCGUUUUAAAAUGGUUUCUGACCAAAAGAUGAAAUGUAGUGCUAUAUUUUAUGUUCAAAUUUAGAUUUCCUAAGAUGAAACUAUGUGAAUAAAUUUAUUAAUUGAU